UGGGCGGGAUUUACGCAGCGACGCACGGUAGUAAACUGGAUUGUGUGCGCGCACCAGCACCAGCAUCAUCAUCAUCCUCAUCCGCUUCAGUCUGAGCAGCAUCUCUCUCCCGCAUCCAAACCAAACCCUCCCGUGCUGCUCCCCAUCCUCAGCCUCCACAAUGACCUCCAGUCUCCUCAGCUGAAUGCGGUGUUGCUGCGCAGCGCUCCCCGCUGCUGUGGCUGCUCUCACUGCUCCUGCUGCUGCUGCUGCUGCGGUGGUGGUGGUGGAGGAGAGACGCGGACCCCGGUGGUGCAGCAGCGCAUUGGCACCACUGCAGAGCCGCGGGUGACUGCGCGUCCUGGCGAUAUCGCGUCUAUUCUUUCUUGUGACCAUGGCGAAAACAGUGCCGUCAUCCAGCGCAGUAACAGGUGAAAAGAUGGCACCACCGUCCAUCUCUCUACUUCCUGACAAGAGAUCUCCAACAAAUUGUCACAGCUCUCCAGCGCGAACAGGAAAAACGACUCCAUCUAACACAGAGAAAAAGCCACAAAUAAAUGGACACGCGUCCCCUUCGCACUUAGCAGCAAACCAUGCAGGUAAACAAACCGUGGAGGGUUACAUGAAGACGGACGACAGGAUGCGAUUGGCCAAAGAGAGACGUGAGGAGAAGGAGAGAAGCCUGGCUGCCAGGGAGCAGCAGAUGAGGGAGAAGGAUCGCAGAGCUCGGCUGCAGUACGAGCGCACAGUGGAGGAGCGCUGGAAGAGGCUGGAUGAGCAGAGGCAGCGAGAGGAGCUCCGCAGGGCUGCAGUGGAGGAGAAGAGGAGGCAGCAGCUCGAGGAAGAGAGGGAGCGGUUGGAGGCCCUGAUGAAACGCUCCUUUGAGCGAAGCCUUCUGCUGGAGCAGAGGACUAAACGCUGGAGCAGGGGCUGCCCUUCAGGAGCAGGUGACAGUGAGAAUGCACCACUCCCUUUCUCUGCUGCCUCCGCCUUUUCCCAUGGCAUUGCCUCCCCCCUUCCUGCUGUCAGCGAAUCUGCACCAUGCAGUCCUCACAGGUCGCCUUUCUGCAGCUCGCUGAACCCUGCAGAUCACAACAGAGCGGGACUUCAGGGAGGCUCACAGUCCACUCCCAAUACCCCCAAGAAAGAGCGGCUGCGCAGAGAGAGAAGAACCGCAUCACCAGGUUGUGGAUCGCCUCUGAGAAGAUCUGAAUCUCCGGCUACCUCCAAGCUGGCAUCUAAGAUCCGUGCCCAGUCUCCGGGCAACGCACACCAGUACCAUAACUCCCCUACAAGACAUCGUCCAAACAUGUCAAGUGAUGACAAGAAAGCAGAAAACAAGAAGGUGGCCAAACAUGGUGAAAGAUCCAAAGCUGAGACCGCAUUGAAAAAGAAUACGGACACAAAGGGCUCUAAUCCAUCUUUGCAAGCUGAGAAGACUGUGGCGAACACUGAAAUCACUAAAACAAGAUCAUCUAAGGCUGAAACGUCUGAUAAGCACCUCAGAGGCGACACACCGGACAGAAUUCAGUCGCCUGACAGAAAGGACCACUUGUCUCCCAAAGUGGAUUCCUCAGAGAAGAAGACACAGAGCAAUGUUCAGGAUGGAGACAAGAAAAAAGAAGCAGCAUCAUGCAUGGGGAAGUUGGCAGCUGGCACUACAAACGCAGAGGAGGCUACCAGGUUGCUGGCCGAGCGGAGGCGUCAGGCUCGAGCUCAGAAGGAACUGGACGAGAAAAAACGGGAACAGGAGGAUGAAAAGAGACUGCAAGAGCAGGAGCAGCUAAGGAAGCAACUGGAACAGGAGCAGCGACGUCAGCAAGAAGUGAAGGCUCAACAAGCGGAGCAAAAGAAGAAAAAUGAGGAAGAUGCUCACAGGCUGAAAGAAAAAGAAGACAAUGAAAAGAAGGAGGAGCAGGACAAGGAGCAAAACGACGAGAUGGACAAAGAGAAAGAAAAAGCCAAAGUCCAGGCUCAGGAGGAGGCAGAGCGUCAGCGGCUGGAAAGGGAACUACUGGGGCAACAAGAAGAGGAGGAGAGGCAACUGAGAAAAAAGAGAAUUGAGGAGAUCAUGAAGAGAACUAGGAAGGGUGAAGCUGACUUUAAGGAGGAGCAGGUGGAGACGAAGUCCGUCUCAGGGGAUAAAAAGACUGUUCAAACGAAUGCUCAGGUGAAGGAGCAAGCGUCCAAAAAUGUUGAGUUUCAGGUUAAAGAGCCGGUCACGGUCCAGGUCAACCCGAAGGAAUGUGCCCUGGUGAGGAAAGAAUCAUCAGCAGCAGCAGCACAGAUGGACAAUCAGAAGAGUUUACAAGCUAAAAACAACACUCAUCAUGUAACACCAACGCGCAGUGUUCCCGAGAAGAGACCGGACGCCAAACAAACCAGUGACGAGCGUGACAGACGACCUAGCAAGGAACGCAAGGCCUGUGAUGUGAAGCAGCAGAGAAGAGAGGCGGAAAUGAAUGUGAACGAGCAGCGCGUAGAAAAUGUAAAAGCCACAGACCAAAUAAACAAAGAGCCAACAAAGCUGAGAGCAGAUGCCAAAGCCAACGUAAAGCAGGGGGGGUUGAUGAAUGGAGCACUGAAGGGUAGUGGAAGUGCCUCGUCGAGUAGCCGUCAAAUUGCUGAGGGAAGCAAACAACAAAGCCUGCGUGUGUCAGCUGCAGAGGGAAACAAUAACAGAGGGUCCCAGGUGGAGGUUAUUAGACCCUCGGUGACUCCCCCGCUGAUGGGACGCCUGUUGCCGUCAAUCAUCAAGCUGGAGCCGCUCGAUGUGAAGGGGAGGGGGUCAUGUGAUGAGGUGCAGUCCAUGGAGGUCAGCCCAGCUUCUAAGGAAGAACUGAUUUCAAUCCCAGAGUUCUCACCGGUCAUUGAGAUCCAGCACAGUGGUCUGAGUAACAGCCGUGCUCUCGAAGACCUGAUGGAUCUGACCGACGGCGUCCCCCUCCCCAAACUGACCUCUGAGAACAACAUGGGCGACUGUAACAAGAACCUCAUUGAGGGCGUCGUUAGUCCCAUGUCAGACUCUAAGCUCAUCGGGAUGUCGCCUUCGUCAUCGAAUAAACUUAGCAUCCAGUAGUCCAUUUAUCUCUCUCUCUCUUCCUCUGUCGCUUGCCUUCUCUCUCUCUCUCUCCCCACACGUACAUACACUCACAGGGUGUCACGUUUUGAGCAUGUGCCCCUGUGUUGCUACAUUUAUGGGAAUAGAGCCAUAGAGAUUGAAUUAAAAAUAUAUAUAAUUCAUGACUUGCAGUAUAAACAAAAGAUCUCCUGUAAUCUAAUCUCAUAGCAAACUAGAAUGGCACUCUGUAGAGUUCAAACCUCCGCUAAGGCCCAACAGUCCCCUUAUGAAAUCACAUUUAAAUUAACUUUUUUAUUGGAUAUUGAUUUCUUUUUCGUUAAGAUCCAUAAAUAAUUCUGUAAGAAAUCAAGGAAAAGUUUGAAAAUCUGUUCCGUAGUUUUUGCUUAAUCCUGCUCACAAACAAACAAACCACCAAUCAACGGACAAAACAGGGACAAAAACAUGCCCCCCUUGGCGGAGGUAAUAAUCCAUUGAAAUUGUGUGUCAGAAAUUUUGUCUCUGCAGUUCUUUUUAGAAAGUGUACGUGUGUGGGUGCAAGAUGAGCACAUGUGAAGGCCUCACAGAGAGAAAGGGUGUCUGGAUGUCACGACAGAAAAACAAAUAUCAGGGUUUUGAUUAUAGGCCUUUAGAAAAUACAGAAUUGUGAAUUAACUAACUAGUUUGGUAAGAAACUUUAAUUGUCCCUGCACAGAUCCCUCACUGAAAUCCCUGCUCAGAGAUUUGAAUACUGUGUUUGAACCUCUGCCUUUCACAAGCUCUUUUAAGCCUUUAAUGUGUAGCUGGGUGAGGCUUGUCACGUUCCUGAUUUAUUUUUAAAAUGUCUGUCCAGGUAAUGUUCCUCUCGCAUGUACUCGAUUUAGCUGAAUUGUGUUUCCAAGGUUAUUAAUGGAUGCAUCCAUCUAAACAGAUGUACAGUAAUUGCAUAGAUUCCAUUCAAUAGAUAUCUGGUAGCUGAUUUGUAAGGGCACACAUACGGAAAUGCUUGGAGUUCAACUUUGAUUCACUUUUACCGACGAUAUUUGCUUUGCAUUCGUAUAUAUGUGACUGGGCCCCAAGACUGAAGGGGCUGGAUGUUAACAACCAAUAUAGGUAUGUGUGCCCUGUAGCUAUAAAGAUGCUGUUUGCUGCUAAUGUUUUUCUCAAUCCACAUGGUCCUGUGAAGGAAGUACCUCCUUUAAAUUCACGAACAAUUCAUCGCAUCACUAAUCACUGAUUUAUUUUGUAUUUUCCUGUGUCAUGUCUAAAUGUAAUUUCAGUAGAGGUGCCUUAUUUGGGACUGAUAGAGCAACUUUAUUUUUGUGUUGACACAUUUUACAGUGUAUGUUUGGCCAGGGGAAUUACUGUGUGUGACCUGUGAUACUUGAACCUUGGUUUGAAACAUGUUAUUUCCUCCAUGCUGCAAAUGAUUAUAAGCUAUACUGUAUUGUCACUUUAUACAGUGACAUUAAGAUUUUGUUUCUCAGACAACACAUCGCCUGCUUCGGCCCUCUGAAUCACUGUAAGUGAAGUAGCCAUAAAUUGCAUCUACGCAUCAGGAUUUACUGUAUAUUUUUGUGGCAAAUUCAAACAGCUGUUCCACAUUUAAGAUUGUUUCGCAAAGGGGACUGAUCUUAAGGAAAAGCAAAUGAGUACAAGGAAACGAUACAUACAACCACGGUGUUUGUCUGCUCAUAUCAACAAUCUCUCCCAAUCAGAUUAACUCUUUAAGUGACGUAACUUCUGUAGACACUGUGCAUGGUUAGCAUGGUCAUGAUAAUGUUACCAGAAACAAUAAAAUGUAAAAAACUGGAA